AUGAAUGACUUCCUGCGCCACAACCCUGUCAAGUUUAAUGGCAAGGCUACUCCAGAUGAGGCUGAUGACUGGAUUUGCAACCUCGAGAAAAUCUUUGAAGUAAUAGAAUGCACAGAGGGUCAGAAGUUGGUCUUCUCCACUUAUAUGCUAGCAGGAGAGGCAGAGUAUUGGUGGCGUGGAAUGCGAAGAGGAAUGGAGGCUCGAGGUGAGGUGGCCACUUGGGGAGAUUUUAGAAAUAGAUUCUUGGAGAGGUACUUUCCAGCCAGUGCCAAGCAGGAGCGGGAGAGACAAUUUCUAGAAUUACGACAUGGAAGUAUGUCAGUGCAAGAAUACAAAGAGAGAUUCGAGUAUCUGGCUCGAUUCUAUACACAGGGUCUGACCGAGGAAUGGAAGUGUAGGGAGUUCGAGCAAGGAUUUCGUCAUCCGAUAAUGAAAGCACUUAUUCAUCUCAAAAUUAAUGAUUUCCCGGAGUUAGUAGAGUAA